GAGGGAUGGAUGGAGGAGGUGGAGGGUUGAUAAAGUCACUCUCAGCAGGUCGGACGCUCACUUCUGUCCUGCCCCGCCCUCACGUCCCAGCAGGCCCUGCACUGCCACGUGUGACUCGGUGUCGUAGUGUCGUCGUUGCUCGCCCACAGCGCCCCCUGCAGUCAUGUGUGAUGAUGAGGAGAGCACCGCGCUGGUCUGUGAUAACGGGUCCGGCUUGUGUAAGGCCGGGUUCGCCGGAGAUGACGCCCCCAGAGCCGUCUUCCCCUCCAUCGUGGGCCGACCCAGGCACCAGGGAGUGAUGGUGGGAAUGGGGCAGAAGGACAGUUACGUCGGAGACGAGGCUCAGAGUAAAAGAGGAAUCCUGACUCUGAAAUAUCCCAUCGAACACGGAAUCAUCACCAACUGGGACGACAUGGAGAAGAUCUGGCAUCACUCGUUCUACAACGAGCUGCGAGUGGCUCCAGAGGAACAUCCCACCCUGCUGACCGAAGCCCCGCUUAACCCCAAAGCCAACCGCGAGAAGAUGACACAGAUCAUGUUUGAGACCUUUAAUGUUCCUGCCAUGUACGUGGCCAUCCAGGCCGUCCUCUCUCUGUACGCCUCCGGAAGAACCACAGGUAUCGUCCUGGACUCUGGUGAUGGCGUCACUCACAACGUGCCAAUCUACGAGGGUUACGCUCUUCCUCACGCCAUCAUGAGGUUGGACCUGGCAGGUCGCGACCUCACCGACUACCUCAUGAAGAUCCUGACAGAGCGCGGCUACAGCUUCGUCACCACUGCGGAGAGAGAGAUCGUGCGGGAUAUCAAGGAGAAGUUGUGUUACGUUGCUCUGGACUUUGAGAACGAGAUGGGAACGGCGGCAACCUCGUCCUCGCUCGAGAAGAGUUACGAACUCCCGGACGGACAGGUGAUCACAAUCGGCAACGAGAGGUUCCGCUGCCCGGAGACACUCUUCCAGCCCUCAUUCAUCGGUAUGGAGUCAGCAGGUAUCCAUGAGACGACCUACAACAGCAUCAUGAAGUGUGACAUCGACAUUCGUAAAGACCUGUACGCCAACAACGUGCUGUCAGGAGGAACCACCAUGUACCCGGGCAUCGCUGACCGCAUGCAGAAGGAGAUCACUGCUCUGGCGCCAAGCACCAUGAAGAUCAAGAUCAUCGCUCCCCCGGAGAGGAAGUACUCUGUGUGGAUCGGCGGCUCCAUCCUGGCCUCCCUCUCCACCUUCCAGCAGAUGUGGAUCAGCAAGCAGGAGUAUGACGAAGCCGGACCCUCCAUCGUCCACCGCAAGUGUUUCUAGAAAGGUCCGUCUGGGUCCCCAUCUUCUUCAGCAGCCCCCCCCAACACAGUCCUAUCAUUGCCCUCACUGAGCACCAGCUACCAGGCCCAGAUCAGCUACCAAAACAGAAGCACGAAGCAUGUAAAAAUAAAACUCUUUAUUUGCUCCUGACAGAUGGUAAAGACAAGUGAUGUUGUCCUGUUUUAAAAAGUAUUUUAACUGGUCAGAACUUCCUUUAGUAAAUUGUGUUUUUUAGUUCAAACAUCGUCCUCCUCUGCACACUUAAAACUGUGAAUGUGGCGCUCAACCUCCAAUCUUUAAAUCUCCAUCUCAACCUCCCCCUUUGCUCCACCUGCGCCCCCCGCCCCCAAAUCCUCCAUGUUGGUUCUGUUUCUUGUCGAAAAAGUGUUUUUAUUUUUGAUGAAUAAAGCUUGAAUGUUUCCCGCUGGUGUUAUCUUCCAUCGUUGGGGAGAAGAGCACAUUCACACAGUUAUGAUGAUGUCACACAGUGUUUGAUGAUGUCACGCAGUGUUUGAUGAUGUCAAAGGUGGUGCCGUCUGCAUUAUGAACAUGUUUGAAGUGAAGCAGGUGUGUGAUGUGACGACAGCUUGGAAGAGACAGACGAUCGCCCCAGGACGACAAUAAAGAGCUCUCAUACAAGAUCAA